GUUGCGCCUGCGCACGGCGCCCCCGCGCCCCUCCGGUUCCGCUCUCCGCCCGCCCGUGGGCUGAAUGGGCUUCGGGUUCCGCACCGCCGGCGAGUGGCGGGCGGCUGCUGCUCUGUCUCCGCGAGCGCCGGCGACUCGCCCUCCCUCGGCCAGAAACCGUCCGCCUGGGCCCGCGCAGGCGGAGCGGCGCCUCUGAGGGCUGCGGCGACCCCGCCGGCCUCGGUCUCUUUCCCUGGCGGCGGCGGCUUCUCCCGUAGGACAAUAUGUUCAAGAGAAUGGCCGAAUUUGGGCCUGACUCCGGCGGGAGAGUGAAGGGGGUUACUAUCGUUAAGCCAAUAGUUUAUGGCAAUGUUGCUCGAUAUUUUGGAAAGAAAAGAGAAGAGGAUGGGCAUACCCAUCAGUGGACAGUAUAUGUAAAACCAUAUAGAAAUGAGGAUAUGUCAGCAUAUGUGAAGAAAAUUCAAUUUAAGUUACAUGAAAGCUAUGGCAAUCCUUUAAGAGUUGUUACUAAGCCUCCAUAUGAAAUUACUGAAACAGGAUGGGGUGAAUUCGAAAUAAUCAUCAAAAUAUUUUUUAUUGAUCCUAAUGAAAGACCUGUAACCCUGUAUCAUUUGUUAAAGCUGUUCCAAUCAGAUACCAAUGCAAUGCUAGGGAAAAAGACAGUGGUUUCAGAGUUCUAUGAUGAAAUGAUAUUUCAAGACCCAACAGCAAUGAUGCAACAAUUAUUAACAACAUCUCGUCAGCUAACAUUAGGAGCCUACAAGCAUGAAACAGAAUUUGCAGAACUUGAAGUGAAAACCAGAGAAAAAUUAGAAGCUGCGAAGAAAAAAACAAGCUUUGAAAUUGCAGAGCUUAAGGAGAGAUUAAAAGCAAGUCGUGAAACUAUAAAUUGUUUAAAAAAUGAAAUCAGGAAACUCGAAGAAGAUGAUCAAACAAAAGAGAUGUAAACAGUUCUGAAGAGAACUGGGACGGCCUCGUCUGAGGAGUGCUGUCUGAAGGCUGUGCUGGUGCUUCUGCAGGAGAAGUUCGGCGCUGCCCUCUGCUCCCCCCUCGUUAGUCUCGUGUAGUUCGUUUGCCAAUGACUUUCUACAUUCUGUUUCUUCAAGGUAGAGUUGCCUAUAUUUUUCCCAUUUACAGUCUUAAGAAGUUUUCAUGUUCAGAUUUCAGAUCUUCAAUUCUAAGUUCAAACUGCCUUCUUAUUGAAGCAUUAUUAUUCUCUCUUAAUUGCAAUAGAUUUUCUUGAGCAGUUUACAGACAUGCUUGUGUCUGUAAAAAUAGAUUAACUUGUUCUAAUUUUCUGCUACAUCCUGUCUUGUUCUUUCUUCAAUCUUUUGUUUAUACUGUUCUCCUUUACAGUAUUCUACCAUAUUCAUUUCCAUGUUUUCUGAGGUUUACUGCUUCUUGUUUCCACUUCUCUUUUAUAUUCCUGAGUUUUUCACAUUUCUUUUGAAUUGCUUUCACUGAUAAUAACUUCUGUUGAAGUGUAUUUUUUUUCAUCCAGACAUAUAUAUACAUUUUGAAGAUGCAGGUUGCACUUUUGCUGUAAGAUCAUCAUUCUGAUAAUCUCCUUUUCUAAUUCGCCAUUUUUCUUCAUUUCUUGAUGCAAGCUAUAUUGUAGAGAUAGGUUUAACUCAAUAUAUUUCUUUAAAUGUUCCUUUUCAUGCUGAGAACGGUCCCGCUCCCUCUGAGCUCCAGCGCUGGGCGGCGUCAUGGGGUGAACCAGGGACACACGGGGAGGAACUGGACUGUCUGACAUCGGGGCAGGAAUUCAGGGGUGGCUUUCCCCCAGACGGAGGUGCUCCUAGGGGUCAUUGUUCCCAUUCAGCCUGACUCUUUUGUAUUUGAUGUGCCAGUAUCCAGUAAGUACUCAAUAAAUGUAGUUUACUGAUACGUUUCCUGCCUCAUAAUGUUUCUUUCUUUCUCUGAUGCACUGGAGCUCUCUCAUUACAAUUAAUGUCUUCAUAGUACUGUGAUCACACAUCUCUUAUUGGCAUCCAUUGUAGUAACAGAA